CGUGACGCAGUACGCAGCAUUUUUCAUCACUUCCUCCUGUUGACAGGUAGGCUGUGGGACGCCGUUUUUCGUUACAAUGUUUCCCUGUUCGUAUUUCAACUAAAGUUCUGAAGUCUCCGGAAACUUUUCGAACAUGGCUUGCGUCGAUUCAGAAAUUGACUUAUGGACGAUCCCUCUCAUUGCGCUGAAUAUGAAUGUGCGUAAACAGUUGGCACUGUACUUAAACCCCAGAAACGCAGUGGCCGCGGACUGGAUGGCUGUCGCGGAGUCCAUGGGCUUCAUUUACCUGGAGAUAAAGAACUAUGAGGGCUUCAGAAGUCCCACCGAAUCGAUCUUGGAGGGCUGGCAGGCCCGCUCCACGGACGCGACGGUCGGGAAGCUGCUGUCAAUCCUGGAGGAGGUGGAGCGGAGAGACAUCGUGGAGGAUCUGCGUCCUCUGAUGGAGGAAAAUGCCAGGAAGUAUUGUGAGAACCAGAAGAAGAAUGCGAAGCCCCCACUUCAGGUCCCAGAGGUGGACAGCUGUCUCCCUCGCACCUCAGAGAGGACUGGUAUCACCCUGGAGGACGACCCUGAGGGUGCUCCUGAGCUGUUCGAUGCCUUCAUCUGCUACUGCCAGAAGGACUUUGAGUUUGUCCGGGAGAUGAUCAAGGAGCUGGAACAGACCGAGUACAGGCUGAAGCUGUGUGUGUUCGACCGAGAUGUCCUCCCAGGCUCCUGUGUGUGGACUAUCACUAGUGAGCUCAUUGAGAAGAGGUGUAAGAGGAUGGUGGUGGUGAUUUCUGAUGAAUACCUCGACAGUGAUGCCUGUGACUUUCAGACCAAGUUUGCUCUCAGUCUUUGUCCCGGAGCUCAAAGUAAACGACUAAUUCCAGUGAUGUACAAGCCAAUGUCAAAGCCGUUCCCCAGCAUCUUACGCUUCCUCACCAUAUGUGACUACACCCGGCCUUGCACACAAGCCUGGUUCUGGGUACGACUGGCCAAAGCUCUCUCACUGCCGUAACCAUGGACCAGGCAAUUCAUUUGUGUUUAAAUGACCAAACAUCACAGGUUAAAGUAUUUGCUAUAGCUUGUGAUCCACGUCGUGAUGGCUUCUGCACACAAAGUGAGUGUGUACGGUAUACAGUAUAUUAACUAUGGUGGAAACUAUUUGUGUUUCCUAAGAUGACAUAGAGAUUUCUGUAUAUUGUCACUAUGAAACUCAACCCGCACAAUGAUUCCAAAAAUCAGCAAAGUUCUCACUGCACACAGUCAUUAUUAUGUUUGUAUGUUUAUGUAUGUAAGUAUAACAUAAGUUGUGCCUACUGCUGUUUGCAUAUGGGGAGUAUUAGCAAACAGGAUGUGUUUGUUUUCGGAGCAGUCUGUACUAAAUACUCUAUGAAAGCUCUGUGUUAUUUUUUUUAUUUUUUGUCGCUGGCCACUUCCUCUUAUGAGUCAAUUUCUAGGUGAGAUUGGAGCUUAAGAGGAAGAGAAAUUGUGAUUGUGAUUCUUCCACUUUACUGACUGCUGACACCUGCCUUUCUCUCUCCCUUUAUCUGUAUCAAUGAUGCCUUUACAUAUGAUUUGUACUUUUGAGAAAAGUUUAUUAAAAUAAAUGUAUUUUAUACUGAAUAAAUGGUCUG